CCCCCUCUAUGAUGAAGUUCAAGCCCUACCAGACGCGGACCUAUGACCGCGAGGGCUUCAAGAAGCGGGCUGCGUGCCUGUGCUUCCGGAGCGAGCAGGAGGACGAGGUGCUGUUGGUGAGCAGCAGUCGGUACCCAGACCAAUGGAUCGUCCCAGGAGAAGGAAUGGAGCCCGAGGAGGAGCCUGGCGGUACUGCCGUGAGGGAGGUUUAUGAAGAGGCUGGAGUCAAAGGAAAACUGGGCAGACUCCUGGGCAUAUUUGAGAACCAAGACCGAAAGCACAUAACAUAUGUUUAUGUUCUUACUGUCACUGAAAUAUUAGAAGCCUGGGAAGAUUCUGUUAAUAUAGGAAGAAAGAGAGAGUGGUUCAAAGUAGAAGAUGCCAUCAAAGUUCUCCAGGGUCAUAAGCCUGUACAUGCCGAGUAUCUGGAAAAACUAAAGCUGGGUUGUUCUCCAGCCAAUGGAAAUUCCACAGUCCCUUCCCUUCCAGAUAGUAACACCCUGUUUGUAACUGCUGCACAGACCUCUGGGCUGCCGUCUAGUGUAAGAUAG